CUCCGCAGGUGUUUCUGAUGACACCACAGGCAGGGAUGAAGCUCCUCCUGUUGGUUUUACUUUUCCCGUUUGAAGUAUCAAGCCCAUCUUUAAAUCACACUGAAGACCACAUGUCGGGAGUUUUUUCCUUCAGUGAUCUGGCUGGGCUGCGUUCCUUCUUACCUGAGACAGAGGAGGAGACCAGAAUAAUUGGAGGAGAGGAGGCGUUAUUUCACUCUUGGCCAUGGCAGGUUUCUCUGACGUUUAUCACAAUGCCAGCAUGUGGAGGGGCCAUACUAUCACCAUUCUGGGUUCUUUCUGCUGCUCACUGCUUCAGAAGGUACAUAAAAGCUUCUUUGUGGACAGUUCUGGCUGGAAAACAUGAUCUGGACAAUUUAAAUGAAAAAGGUCAACAGGUGGUUGCAGUGAGUAUAAUCCUCAUUCAUAAGGAUUACAGCACUCAGACUAAAGAGUAUGACAUUGCCUUGUUGAAGCUGAAAGAGCCACUCAUCUUCAAUGACUUUGUGAGACCCAUCAACAUCUGGAUGACCACGCUGCCCCUGUUCACUGAAUGCACUACCACAGGCUGGGGCUCCACUAGAGAGAAUGGACCUCGCGUGAACAAAUUGCAGGAAGUUAAUGUAACACUUCUCCCCUCUGAAGUUUGUAACAAAUACUAUGUUGGUAGAAUCCUCGAUACAAUGUUUUGUGCAGGAAAGGAGGAAGGCGGUGCGGAUGCCUGUCAGGGAGACUCGGGAGGGCCCAUAUCCUGCUUCAAUGGGAGCAGGUAUGAGCUCGCAGGGGUAGUAAGCUGGGGUGUUGGUUGUGGACGGGCCAAAAAGCCGGGAGUCUACACAAGAAUACAGAACGUAAUUUCAUGGAUCACAGAUGUCAUAAAUGAAGAAAAUAUUUUGUCAGUUGGCACUCCGGCGGCAGCAGAAGACAACUGUGGAAAGCAUCGAGGCCGAGGUUGUGUGACAGUGCCACUCACUGCAUCAUUACAUCAGUCCCAGGAUGGUGUCACCUCUGUGCAGAACAUCAGUGAAUCCUGUCCAUUUUACUGGCCCUGGCAGGUCAGUAUACAACAGGAUGGGCACCAUUACUGCAGCGGGACCCUGAUCAGCCAGCAGUUUGUCAUCACAGCACAACACUGCAAUGUACGUGUUGAGGACACGGUAGUUUUGGGAUUACAUGACAUCAGAUACUCUUUGUUACAAAGAAUUCCUGUAGUGAGAGUUAUCAACCUACCACAAGAUGGCAGCUUUCCUCCAGGCUCUGACCUGUCUCUAAUCCAGCUCGCCACUCCUGCCAGACUUGGCAAAAGCGUAGCUCCAAUAUGUGUCCCUGACCAGGAUGAGGAUGGUGAUUUGGAUCAUAGCUGGAUUUGUACAGUGACAGGAUGGGGAACAACUAAGGCUACAGGGGGUGUGAAUCCUAACCGGCUGCACCAUGCUGUAGUGACACUAUUUAACCAGACCACCUGUAGAGAGAAGUGGGGAGAAGACAUGAUCAAAGACUCUCACUUAUGCGCUCAUCCUGCAGCUUCUACAUCCUGCCUGGGUGACUCGGGAGCCCCUCUUUUCUGUCGGAAGCAUGGUGCCUACUUCCUCUUUGGAAUAGUCACAUGGGGUAGCAGUCGAUGUGAUGAGCAUUUUCCAGCAGUUUUCACCAGAGUGCCACGUUUCUAUUCAUGGAUUUCUGAUGAAAUUGGAGACCAGGGAGGUCUCCAGUAGGUGUCUUGAAUGCAUUUGUCAAUAACCUUUUGUUUUCAUAACCAAAUUGGCUUUGCAACAUGGCAAACAAGUUUUAAUAAAAAAUAUUUUGAAGAAAUGCAGAUAAUCAUGACUGU